ACGUCAGUGAGCAUGGCGGACGUGGCGAUAGCUGCAGGUGGAGUGACGACGGACAGUAAUGGCAGCACAGCCGACGUCACGACAGGGAUGACGGGCACGGAGGAUGACAACACGACCAGCGACGCCGCGGUCAGUGCGGACAUGCUGUCCACUACGAUGACCAGCGGCCAACUGGAUGACUCUAAUGCGACCGACACGACAGAUGUGACGACUGCAGCGCCGACGACGAUGGCGAUAGAAACAACAACGUCGUGCGAGUGGGAAUGCGAUACGACUCAGCAUCAAUGUUACACGUGUAAGGACGGAAAGCGCUGUGAGCAGCCAUCACUGCUAGGUCAUGCCGAUCGUUUCAUCUGUCCGAGUGGUCGCCAUUGUUGGGCAUGGUUCAAGCAGACGAGAGAUGUGGACUUGAUGCAGUGGGAACGAGGAUGUCUGAAGCCACGCGAACUGGGCGACAUAGAGUGCGGACUAGGAAUCGAACCCGGUAGCGAAUUCUGCAUAUACAGGAACCUCACCACACAGACGAAAACGUACAAUCAGAAGGUGUGUAGUAUGUGCUGUAUAGGCGACAAUUGCAACGACAAGCCGCUGAUCAUGCAGGACGGAGCGACAUCCGUCGCAGCAGUAGCAUGGCGGACGAUCGCCAUGGCAACGUUGGUGCGUCUCACGUGCCGGUUUUUACACCCGUAAAGCGGUAGUCUCCGGUCAAAGGUCGCUGGCACAUUGGGCCAGAGAGAUUCUUUUAUCAGGGCGGCCGCAGGAUUGCGGUGAUCGUGUCCAGAGAAUAGGGUUGAUUGUGAUGAUACAUCGAGGGUGUUCUCAGGGCUCGACUAUGUCAUCGUUAUUGCCCUGGUCGGGGAAGACUAGAACGGUCUGCGUAUAGUUGCUUAACAUGUAACAACAACUGCAUGCACGUCGAGACUCGAUGUAUAAAUUAAUGCGAAGGUCGGUACAAAGAGUGUGAUGAAAUCACAAUCACUUACGUUAUCGCUAGAGUGGAAGACUUGCUGGGAUGAUGGAUGGUUGAACUGCCAAUAGAUGAAAGUCCACCGGCUUUUGUUGACGAAGGUUGACUUCAAUUGAAGGGCAGAGAUGCAUUCUCGUUAUGCUCAACUAAUGACUUUUGCCUGAUGGUCUCUGAUGGUGUCUUUGAUCUGCAAUACCAAGGCAUCUGCAAUAACAGACAUCGCGAUGGUUAUGAUGUGUUAUGUUAGAGAUUCUUUAGCUAACAAAUGCGCUCUGAAGGGUCAGAGAAGCACAUUGUUACGGAACGUGUGUUAGUUACGAUGUAGCUGCGAGAAGUCACGAGAAGUCACGAAGAAGAAGCACACUAUAUGAAGUGUGUGAGACGCCAUUAUCGCGUCAGCGUGUUCCUUGGGUUUUUUGUUAAUUUCUGGGUUUGCAUUAAUAAAGUACCGUAGUAACCCUACCAUGCUUUCCAAGUUAGAGUUAAGAAACCAAAACCUCUAGUUCGGAAGCGAAUUUCGUUCUGCUGGAGGCUGUGAUGUGUGUAUACGAUUUUGGCCACAGCGCAGUUGCCAGAUGAGAGAGCAAUAAUCAAUUAUAAUUGCACUCUGCUCGGGUAUAUCAAUGUGUGCAUGUAACAUAGGCGUGUUAAGCUGGGUUUACACUACCGACUGUGUGUUGGCGAAUUGGCGAAUUAGACUUACUUCCCAACUACAUAGCCGACAAUCGGCAGUGUAAACGCAAAAGUUGCGCGACCAACCAACCAACCGAUAUUCUGAAGAAGACAAUGGCGCAUGAGUGACAAUGAUGUUUAUCUGCGGACGACGUACGGGGCGCCAUGCAG